GCACGAUCACGAAUUGCUCGCUACAGCGACGGCCCUCACCGCCGGAGUCUUACUGCAGUGCGUGCAUUAGGCUGGUGGCAGUAAACUGUGAACGUAUUACACUUGGCACCUGAUCUCAUUUUGGCCUUCCCUUCCAAGGCCGCCACAGUUGAUACAGCCCAAUAGGACCAGCAGCGCAGCAAGAUGAGCGUCGUCCUCGCCAAGCAGGCGCAGAAGACCUACUCGCUGGUGGACAAGAAGCCCUUCUUCAAGCAUUUCUACCCCAAGGAUGUGGCCAUCCUGGCUGUGCGCUCGACAGCUAUGCAGGGCUUGAUGGUCUUUAACGCGUACGUGGCGUCGCUUGACCUGGAGCUGUCGGACGAGGAGUUGAGCGAGGAUGAAUUCGAGGACGUGGAUGCUGCGGCUGAUGAGAAGGAAGAGUUUGUCCCUCCAUCCAUGGAGGAGUUCGGUAUCACUAGCGCUAAGUCCUUCGGCAAGUCGCUGAGUAUCACCACGUACGUGCGGUCGCUCGAGGAGGUGGCGCUGCGCAUCUGCCGCCCGCAGAUUGUCAGCAAGCUCAUCAAAGACAUCAGCAAGUCAGCCAUGCGCAAGUACGCUCGUACGUCGAGCAGGAUGACGGCUGCGGCGUUGAUGGUUAGGACAGGCAUGCGCGCCAACGUGCUGAGCCAUCUCGCAAUCUUCCUGGUUGAGGAGACCCAGCAACUUGUGAUCAUUCUGUACCGACGCUUCGUGUCUAGAAAAGGCGGUAAGAAGGCCAGCAAGAAUUUGCGGUCGAUUGAGGAGGGCAUCCAGAGUAGCAGCAGCAGCGACGAGGAAGAGGAUGCGCUCUCAACGUUCGUGUCUAACACUGGUCGCAACGCCACUCGCUCUGCUCUGGCUGUCAUCACGGGCGGCGUCGGCGCGGCAGUGGGCACGGCUGUACGACCAGGUAUCGGUACGAUGAUCGGUGGUACACUAGGCGAUUCCAUCGGCUACGUGUUGUUUUAGAUGCGAUCCAGGGCUGGAGAGAAAGAUACUUCCGGGGCGAUGGAGACCCACCGAAUAACUGCAACAUCAAUGCUAUACCAGACUCACAUGCCAUUCAGAUCAACGACUCGAUGGCUCGUUA